AUGCAACCUCCUCCUAGUUCUUCUGUUCCAUCAAACAAAGUUUGCCAACUUCAUCGUGCUUUGUAUGGUUUAAAUGCCCAUGAUUCUGCUUUAUUUAUACGUAAGACGGAGCGUGGUACUAUUCUCCUUCUCUUCUAUGUGGAUGAUAUGAUUAUCACUGGAGAUGACCCCACGGGUAUUUUCAAUCUCCAACAAUUUCUUUAUCGCCAGUUUGAGAUAAAAGAUUUGGGUUUGCUUAGCUAUUUCCUUGGUUUGGAAAUUUCUCAAGAUUCAUCUGGUUACUUUCUUACCCAGGCCAAGCAUACUUCUGAUCUCUUGGCUCGUGCUGGCCUUACUGAUUGCAAGACUGCCACUACUCCUAUUGAUCCUCAGACUCGUCUUACACCUCUUGAAGGUUCCCUAUUGUCUGAUGCCACCAAAUAUUGUCAACUAGUUGGCAGACUUGUCUAUCUCACGGUUACUCAUCCAGAUAUUGUUUAUGCUGUUCACAUCGUUAGUCAAUUCAUGGUUGGCCCCCGUUCUCCACACUAUAAUACUCUGAUUCGCAUUUUGCGCUAUCUUAAAGGCACUCUAUUUCAUGGUCUUCACUACUCCGCCCAGUCUUCUCUACAGCUCCAUGCUUUUUCUGAUGCAGAUUGGGCCGGAGAUCCUACUGACCGUCGUUCUACUACUGGGUUUUGCUUCUUCUUAGACAACUAUCUUAUUGCUUGGCGUAGUAAGAAGCAAACUCUUGUUGCACGUUCUAGUACCGAAACUGAGUAUCGUGCACUUGCUGACACUACUCAGGAGCUUGUGUGGCUUCGUUGGCUUCUUUCUGAUAUGGGAGCUUCUCAUUUUUUCCCAGUGGGUGAGUUGGAGCCACUACUGCUUUACUCAGCUGCAAUUCUUGAAUAUUUGACAGCAGAAGUGCUUGAGCUAGCUGGAAAUGCAAGCAAAGAUCUGAAAGUGAAGAGAAUGACACCGAGGCAAAUGCAGCUGGCUAUUAGAAGGGAUGAAGAAAUUAGGGUUUUGGUGGAGAAGAUAAGUACACUUUAG